AUGAAUGUCAUCGGGAUUCUCUACCUAACUCUACCGCACAAUCCAAAAUUUUACUCCGGGAAAAUGGAAGAAGAGAUGAGAUUAGGUAACCGUGACAGAGGAUGGAAUGACCCUCCAAGUUUUUCUUAUGACAAGAUUUCUCAGACCACACCAAGAAAGAACCUUCUCAACCAAAGGGUGGCUAUGCCUCAAAACUACCCAUCUCCUAGCACAGCGACCCUCUCUCCUGCCUCUGGCCCUCCCUCAUCCACUGGUCCUCCUCCGUCUACUGGAAAAUCACCAUUUACUGGUUCUACCUUGACCUGUGGACCUCCCCCUUCUACCGGUCCACCUUCCGGUCCCCCUACUGGACCUCCUCCACCGUCUUCAUGCCUCCCAGGGACAGGUCCAAGCAGAGCUAUGACAUCAUCAGGGAAAUCCCCUGAUUGUGGAGAUGGAGGGGAUGUUUCUUGUGAAGCAACAGUUGCCAUGUUCAGGAAAGUCUUUGAAGAAUGUCAAGAUAAAUUGCAGAAACGUGUAAUAUCAGAUAUUGAGCGGAGACUAAAGCUGUUAGAAGGUUCUUGGCAGAAUAGGAAGUUGUCAUCACCUGUCCAAAAGAGGACUGCUAGAUUAGCUACAGAGUUACAGGCAAGGAAGUAUGACAGUGCUCAUGAAAUUCAUCUUUCCCUAAUGGUAGACCAUGUUAGUGAGGUUAGCCAAUGGAUGGUUGGGAUUAAGAGAUUAAUUCACGAAGCAAGGAUAAUCCUACCAUUCACAGAAUUAGAAACACAGGAUAGUAUAAGUGCUGAAGAUAGACCAAGAACUAUAGACCAGGAACCAUCUGUUCCUACUGCCAAGGAUGAAGAUAGACCAAGAACUGUAGACAAGGUCCAAGAACAUUCUUCUGUUCCUACUACUAAUGAUAAAGACAAGAUCCAGGAACUCUCUUCUAUACCUACUGCCAAGGGUGAUGAUAGACCAGGAAUUGUAGACCAGGUCCAGGAACCAUCUUCUGUUCCUACUGCCAAGGGUGAUGCCGAUUCAUCUAUUCAGGGUCCAAGCGAGAGUGAAUGUAAUGAAGAAUCAAGGAAAGAAACUGAACAGGUGGAGGAGGAUAGGAAAGGAAUGGAAAAUAUGAACAUCACUAAGAGUUGAGAUACAGAGACAAUUCAGCAUAAAGAACUCUUUGGACCUAGAUGAAGAAGGAGGACCAUUAGUUUUCAAAGAAAUUAAGGAUGAUUGUGGUUUGAAGCAGUUCUCCCAAGAUUAUACCCCUAACAUACAAGCAGAGGCAUGAUAGCCACAUAUUAGUGAAGGUUUGGUGAAAACCAGUUUAGAGUAGUACUCAUAAAUCAGUGAUAUGUAAUUUUCAAUAUUUGAAUUGUGACAUCUCCGAAGUUAUUAAUGAAUUCACAAGUACAUUAUUUGUAAUUGUUAU